GAGUUCAACAGCAUCAGCGAACCUGGUAAACAUUUGCGGGGGCUCAAAGGUUUUUCAGUUGAAAUCUCUGCAUCCCUCCCCCUUCUGAGAGCAGCUCCCGACACCAGCAGAUUUCAUUGCUCCCAGUCAGCGUUUCCCAUGUCCUCGAGUCUAGGACAACCGCACAGAGAGUGUCCAGUGACGCUGGAGCACAGAGAGAGAGACAGAGAGAGAGACAGAGAGAGAGAGAGAAAGGAGAGAGACAGGGCAUGCCAGAGGAAGAGAGAAGAGGAUGGUAAAGACGAGGGGAAGUACUAGUGACUAAAGAGUUUGCUCUCUCUGGUCCUCCAUGGUCUCUGUUGUGGCCUGUUUUCAAGACUGUGAGAAGAGACACAACGGGCUGUUCAGGAGGCGUUUCUGGUGUCUCGCUGCCCUGUUACCAUGGCAAUGCUCAGCAUACCACUGGUGUCGGUCUUCUGCAGCUUCCUGGUGUUCCAGUGGCUCUUCCAUCAUGUGAGCCCAAGGCUGUUUUCAUGGCUCUGCCCUGCUUUCCUCAACCUACCACACACGCACAAGACUGAGUGGAACAUCAGAACAGUUUCUACGCUCCAUGCUCUAGUGGUGUCUCCCAUCAGUCUUUAUAUAUUUCUUUUUGAUGAGGGUGUCAAUGAAGAUCUUAUCUGGGGAGACCCAACACUGGUGAAACUCAACAUCGCCAUAACAACUGGAUACCUACUUUCGGGUCAGGUUUCUGAUCUUACUGGACACCUUGUCUAUACCAACCUCCGUUCUUCCCAGAUAUACUAUUUGCUGGUCAUGUUUUCCUCUUGGGAGAUAACUGGGGACAAACUAUUUGUGGUGCAUCACCUAGUCGCCCUGUAUGCAUAUUCAUAUCUGCUGGAGCAAGGCGUAUUACCCUAUUUUGCCAACUUUCGUCUUAUGUCGGAGUUCUCCACUCCUUGUGUGAACCAGCGAUGGUUCUUUAAAGUGUUGGGUUACCACAAGACCUCUGUGCCAAACCUGGUCAAUGGGACGUUGAUGGCAGCUGUAUUCUUCCUGGUGAGGCUUGCUGUCCUUCCAGUCUACUACUACCGUGUGUUUGAAGUCUAUGGCACACAAGCCUACCACCGGGUGCCCACCGGGGCCCGCUUGACCUGGAUGCUCUCAAGCCUCAGCCUGGACGUGCUGAACCUGCUAUGGAUGUGGCGUAUCUGGAAGGGAUGCCUGGGGGUCCUGCGCUCCUACAGAAGGCCUGAAGCCAGAGAUCUACCCAGCUCCAAGACAGACUGAGCAAUGAAGUACAGAAGUGUUUCUUCAAUGUUAUUGUAAUGUUGUGAUAUGAAUCUAUGUGUCAGAGUCUGUGAAAAGAAGAAAAAUACUCUCAGUCUAGCAUACUGUGACUAAAUCUGUUCCACGUCACUUCCGGAUUCACUGUAUGUAGCCUUAUGUCACACAAUAACAGGCUAUACAUACAACAACAGCCCAGAUUCUGCUUUACAUCACAGAAUAUAAAGUCUGGUGAGCUUAGUGACAAAAUGAAUCUAUUAGCCUGCUGAGUAGCUCUUCACAGAUAUGAUUCCUGGUGGAACUAGUUGUUUUGAAAAAGGCAAACAUAUGUUCAUAUCAUUAAGAGAAAACAUAUAAAAUCUGCCAAGAGUUCUCUAUCAGCAACAUGAGUAAAUUACUGUGGCAGAAAUGCACAUAUGUUCUGGUAAAUUAAUAAAACUAUGCAAUUCA